UAAUAAAGAUCGCAUAAGCUUGUAUCAUAUAUGGUUAUAUGGUACUAUCCCUCACAAUGAACUCGUGUUCCGCAUGAAGUCAUAAACCAAACCUGCCUGAACUUCUUCAUUGCCCACAAGCUUUGUUGUUUUGUUUUGUUUUUUUUAGUGUCGGAGGCAUGAAUAGAGCAUUGCAGGAGAUGUUACAGUGUUCCGACAUGACGUUGCUCGAGAGACAAAAGGCUCGCUUGAAAUGGCAAGAGCAACAGCAGCAGCAGCAAAGUUAUUUCAGUGAGUUGAGUGGAGUGUUUUCGAGCCAAACCGCCCACGUACAAGGCUUUCAGCAGAGUGGUUUGAUGAGCUACGUUGCUGGUGGCGGUGACUCGGUGUUACCCGACGUGGUGAUGACUCGGCAACCGAAGCCCGACCCUGGUUUGGAGACCGCAUGGCCUGAAUUGGGAAAGGUUGACAUGGGUGCCAUGGGGUUUGGCCCGUGUGGGCACGGUAAUGGACAGAGUUUUUAUAUGAAUCAAGCCAUAUCUAGAACUUCCAGCUUCCCUCCAGCCGUGACGGCGGCGGCAGCGGUGGAGGUCAAGGGCAACUUAGAGAAGAUGGCUUUAGCUGUUGGAAGAGAAAGCUUCAAGAAAAGGAAAGUUGAAAAGUUGCAAAACUCAAAGGUUGUUGCAGAAGAUGACUCCAAGAGGAUCAAAGCAAUUGAAGAAGGAGAGUCGAAAAUUACUGGGCCAAACACCAAAAAAACCAGUAACAACAAGAAGGAAACUUCCGGUGAUACUUCCAAAGAGAAUUCAAAGGUUUCUGAUGUUCAAAAGCCCGAUUAUAUUCACGUCCGGGCACGUCGAGGCCAAGCCACCGAUAGCCACAGUUUAGCCGAGAGAGUUAGAAGAGAGAAAAUCAGUGAAAGAAUGAAGUAUCUGCAAGAUUUAGUUCCUGGAUGUAACAAAAUCACCGGCAAAUCAGGAAUGCUUGAUGAAAUCAUCAACUAUGUUCAAUCUCUGCAACGACAAGUCGAGUUUUUGUCUAUGAAACUUGCUACUGUAAAUCCCAGGCUCGAUUUUGACAUCGACAAUCUUUAUGCCAAAGAAGUGUUUCCCUCUUGUACCACUAAUUUUCCGACGGUUGCGAACAUGUCAACGGAAUUGGCAAACCACCCUCCCUAUCUUCAAUUCAAUCCAAUUCAACAAUUGGUUUCUGGUUGUGGAGUGGAAAUGGGAAUCAACUCUUCCGAUAUGGCACUCCGAAGAACGAUUAGUGCCCCGGUUUCGAUACCGGACGCAACGUUCCUCAACACGUCCUGUUUCACUGGAAUGCAGCAAAUUCAACCCUCUGCAACAUGUGAUGUUGAAUUGCAGAAUCUUUACAAUGUGGCAUUUACAGGUUCCAUUGAAGGAAAUGACCUAAAGAUGGAGAAGUGAAAUCAGAAUAUUAGUUGAUGAUUAAUGAUUGAGAUAAUUCAAGAUGCCUUUGAUUUUGAUUCUUUUUCUAUUCAUUAGGUAC